AUGAAGACUGUCCGGCUUGGAUUGCUUGGCCGUCGUUUCGAUGCCCAAUACACCUUUGAUCUCCAAGGCUAUUUGUCAGUCCGUGACUUUAAUUCUGCCAUGAGCCUGUUCAACGAAGCGGUUCGACGCCAUCCUCCUCCGACCCACAAAGCGAUGUGGACAGGGACACUGGUCACUCUGUGGGUGAUCGUUGCAGGAACAGUUUACAUUCUUUGGAAUUUUCUUUUGUUAGAGAAGAAUGCGUAUAUUCUUCUGAUCGUGCCCUCAAUCAUGCUCUCGACUGCAGUUUUAUGGGUUUGGCGGUAUCGAUAUUUGCAUAGCACUUUUCAGCGCAGUCUUGUUGAGCUAUGCAGCCGAAUCAAUGCCAGCGAAAACAUUCGCGGAGUCAACUAUCGCUUGACGAAGCAUGGAAUGGAUGUCGAACGUCAUGCAUAUGACAGUGACAGUGUCGUUGCGGGUAGUAGUCGCAGUAACACCACAUCAACUUACGGCAGAAAAACCCAUUAUGCACUGGUGAUCGAAUUUGAUGACCGAUAUCGCGCAUUAAGAUACCAGCAAGAACAAGCAUUACGGCCGCCAGAAUUCGUGUUCUGCCCC